AUGCCAUUCCUCCCACCAGGAAGGCAAGAUCCAACGCACGCUAGACUCUAUCCGCGCCACCAUAAUCCGAACGGUUUCCUUCCUAUCGCCCCUCGUCCAUCGGGCUCUAAAAAGGACGCCCCCAAUUCUUCGCAGGUCUCAAGAUCCGGUUCUACUUCCGCUUCCGCUUCCGAUUCUUAUACUCCCGGUUCUCGUGCUCGCGACGAGCGUCUCCCUUCUUCGGCUUCGCUUCGUCGUGACUCGUCUCUUACUGCGGAGUACUGGUCUGGUUCUGAGGGAUCGGGUAAUGAACUGGAUCAGGCUCGUUCGAAUGUAAUGCUCGGCGAGGCUUCUGAUAGUAAGCAGAGUCUUGCACGUUCUGCGCCAGAUACUGAGAUGAUGGAUACGACGGUCACGGAGAACAUCUUUGAUCCACUGUACUCCCUAUUGCCUUCGUCGUCUGUCUCUACAGCUCAGUUUACGCAAACUGCGCCUAUGAUUAGUCCUCUUGAAGGUGCUAAUCCGUUUGACUUCCCGUUGGAUCCGGCGUUGGGAAUGGAUGCGGGCACUUUGAGUUAUUUGGAGGAUAUGGAUGUCGAUGUUACUGAGGGAUUGACGGAGGAUCUGUUUCAUGUGGAGGAUUGGUCGAGGUAUAUGUGGUCGCCGGAGACUGGGUUUGAGCAUUUAGAUAUGGGAUACCCCCCAGUGACACGAUGA